AUGGCGAAUCUCGGUCGAAAUGUACAAAACAUCACCAACAACACACCAGCACCCCACCCGAUAGGGUUCGACGACUUUCUGUCUGCCCUCAUGACCCUCAAAACCGAGGAACCAAGGGCCUCUCAGGCCACUGCGGGCUACCAGCACGGCAUCCUCAGCCAGUUCUCCGUCCCAGAGCCCACAAUCGAUGAGGCCCCAGCAUUCCCAACGCCACGCAGCUCACAAUUCGCUGAAGAGGAGAAACGAGACGGCAAAAAAUUCCGAGACGCUGCAGAGAUUGGUGGGGCACAAGCCAAUGACGUCCAAGAAGAAGAUGUCAAAGUACAACAAGACCAAGACGACGAAGCCUCAGCGCCGGUGGAGGAUGAAGAGGUCCCGUGGGGCCCUCAUGGACUGAAUUGA